AUGGCGGGUAAGCAGAUAACGGACGAGUUCCUUAGAAAGGAAGGAUUCGAAUAUUGUCAGGAUUAUCUGGGAGGCUCCUGGUUCAGUGCAUCAAUCGAGGAUUUCAUCAUGGAGCACAUCACCGGCGGACUGAGCAACAUCCUGUACAAAUGCUCCCUCGCGGAUCACGUUCCAAUGUCCAGGAGUGAGGUCCGCACUGUCCUCGUGAGGUUCUACGGGGAGAUCAUCACGGACAAUUCGGACGUUGUGCUUAUCGAUUCCGUAGUUUACACCCUACUGGCCGAAAGGAAGAUGGGUCCCAAGUUGUAUGGAGUCUUCACUAAGGGAAGGAUUGAGGAAUUCGUCCCUGCACGGGUCUUGAAGACCUGUGAACUACAUGACCCCACAAUCUCGAGGGCAUGUGCCCGCAUCAUGUCCAGAUUCCAUAGACUUCGAAUGCCCAUGGUCAAGAAACCCAAAUGGCUAUUUGACACCAUUGAAAGGUACCUGAAAGGAGUGAUAAAGUUGAAAAGUUUGACGUCAUCAUCGUCGUCAUCUCUGUCGUCAUUGUCGUCAUCAUCUUCGUUGAAUUCCUUGCCCUCAACCCUGGACGGUGGGGCUGUCGAUAAGUUGAAGAACUUAUUGAAAAAGGUGAACUCGCCUGUUGUGUUCUGCCAUAACGAUCUUCAGGAAGCAGGAAACAUCUUGUAUUCUGGGGACAAGUCGAAUGUUGAUUCGUCCGUCAAGGAUCACUUUACGGACAUUGUCCGGCCGAUCGACUUCGAAUAUUCCAGCUACAACUAUCGGGGUUUCGACAUCGGCAAUCACUUCUGUGAGUGGUGCUACAAUUAUAACGUCAAUGAAUAUCCCUACUAUGCCGCUAGGCUCGAUCAAUUCCCAAACAAAGAACAACAGCUGAACUUUAUCAGGGAGUACCUUAAAGAGAAAAGGUCAUUCUACGAAGAUGAUGAGGAUGGCUUGGUGUUGGAAGCUUGUUCGUUUGCCCUGGCCUCCCAUUUUAUGUGGUGCCUAUGGUCAAUUGUGCAGUGGAAGAAGUCGAAGAUUAUUUUUGGAUACAUGGAUUAUGCCAUCGAUAGAAUAAAUGCCUAUCUUCAUCAAAAACCGUUGAUACUGAAGCAAAUUGAUGAGUACAACAUGAAGAAGCGGAACAGGAAAUGA